CUUGACGCCCUCCUCCCUCUCCCUCGCGAUUUUCAUUCCUCCUCCAUCCAACACACCACAACGACGCACAACGCCUCCUUUGUUGCGCUUCACCACACUCUUUUCUACAACUCUUGCGCAGAUAUCCCCAUCUCGCAGCCAUUCCUUUGGACCGCGGUCCCACGCUACACCAACACUCCUUGGAUUGAUUGCACAACAUAGACCACGUCGGCCACCCCAUCUCAAUCGACUACUAUAGACUAGACAUAUACCCAGCAUCCUUUGCGCCAUCUAUCCAUUCCAACUAGACAAACAUUUAUCCAAACCGACAAGAUGCAGAUCACCAGCCUCCUCGUCCUUGCCGGCGUCCUCGGCGCCUCGGCCAUGCCUUCUGGCCACGCCCACCUCCACCGCGCCGCCCACCAGCAGCGCGACCUCAAGUUCUACAAGGCCGAAAAGCACUUCCCCAUCCCCAUCCCUGCCGCCACCCCCUCCUCCUCCUCCGUCGCCGUUCCUUCCAGCACCACCGUUCCUGAGCCUGCCCAGUCCUCUGCGGCUGCUGCGACCGGGGACGACUCUUCUUCCGAUGACGAGUACAUUCCCUUCUGCGGCGAGAACAAGAACACCAAGCGCGUCACCUACGCUCAGAUCAUGUACACUGGCAACACCGGCGACGCUGACGGCUGCGAGUGGAACUCCAACUUGAUGACCGUCCCCAAGAACAUCGCCGACAAGUACCACAACCGCAUGUACUACACCAACGUUGCCGACGUGCCCUACCAGGUUGUUUGCGGCAACAAGAUGGGUUCCAACCACGGCCUCAACGGCAUGUUCAAGGUCGCUACCAACAAGCAGCUCGUCUUCACCCUCCAGCCUGGCGAGACCCAGCUCGUCGUCGCCGCCGCCAACACCCAGGGUGUCUGCGCUUUCUCUGCCGAGGAGGUUCCCACCACUACGAACGGCCAGUUUGCCGGUAACUGGGCCGAGUUCGACUUUGAGAACAGCAGCAACGGUGGCUGGUCUGGUGCCGACUGCUCUUCUCUCGUUGCCCAGGCUGCCGGUAUGGACGUUCCCGGCUGCCAGAUUUGCGGCCACGACACCUGCUCCACCAUUCUCCCCGGUGGCUUUGGUACCAACGCCUACACCAAGGGUAUGGAGGCUGAGGACGGUGUUGGCCUCAACAUCGCGAGCGGCCAGCAGGUCACCCUCAACAUCAAGGUCGGCUACAGCGGCAAGGACUAAACAUUUCGUUGCCGAAAUAGAAACCUUUGUCUCCGAUUCAUGACGAUGACCGAUGGAGCCUUGUAGGCAGCCUGAUUUAUGGUGGUUCAAUGUGGUCCUUCCUAUCUUGCUUUCUUGUUAUAUACUUCACGAAGGGGCGGCGUGGUGUGCUUGGAAAAUUGGUGCUUCCCCGGCGAGGGUACGGGCUACGUUAUCUAGGCAUUUGUUAAUCCAAUACCAUUUUUGAUGACUCGAAUCAAUCGUUGGUCGUGUGGUGAUAUCCGUUAUUUUUCAAAAAGUCCACUUCAUCACUUACCUGCGGCAUUCCUGUUUGCAAGAUCUCAUGUGCGCCGGCAAUGAAUGCUAACAAACAGCAGCCGCGCCACGCCACAGAUAGAACUGCGCGGCAUUUGACACCACCACCACGCAUGGCUUCUAAAUAUACUAGUAUCAUCGCUCGAAUACGAGAAUCAAUCCACGCGAAGCAGGGAUAAUUAUGCCGAUCAAACCCAAAAUAAAAGCGCACAUGGCGACAUAGGGUUCCACGGCCCAAUUCCCUCUCUGGGAGCCGGCCUCCUGGGGGAAUUGCAAUCAAUGCGAACAAAGGCAUAGGAAAACACCACAGUCCUGGGCCGUGGUAGACUUCGUUGAUUAGUUGGAGGAUCCGAUGGAGUGGUUGGUUGUUGGUAGCACAAAGUGAGAGGGCGGGGUUUCCUGUACCUACGUAUUCCGUCCCUUCCGUUCCUAGAGGUACUCUUACUGGGACGUAAGAGGUAGUUGUUAUGCUUAUUCCAACCUACACUACAGCCGCCCCCCUUCGAUGUCCCGGCGGUUUCUUGAUGAUGCCCCCCUGGAUCAUUAUCAACGACGGGAGUCUCCUCAAGAUUUGUUGUUGGCUUGAUAUUUCCUUGUGCUUGUGC